UUUGAAACAUUUUUGCAUCGUUGUCUUAUUCGUGUCAGAUCUGAUAAGGAGUUCGUUUAUGAUAUUAUCGGAGAAGUUAUCAAAGUUGGCGCAACAGGCAUUUCCGUCGGUGAUACUGUUGGAUGCAAUUUGCCGAAUGAAUUUGGACAAUUAAUUGCUGACAUAAAAGCCAAUACCCCAGGAAUACAAGAUGUAAUCAUUUCAACACACUGUCACAACGAUCUUGGUCUUGCUAAUGCCAACACCUUAGCUGGAGUGUGUGCAGGAGCAAGACUAGUAGAUGUGACUGUCAACGGCAUUGGUGAAAGAGCUGGAAAUUGUUCUCUAGAGGAGUUUGUGAUGACACUAAAAUGUCGUGGAGAGCAAGUACUAGGUGGUCUCUACACUGGGAUUAAUUCAAAGCAUAUAAUCGAGACGAGCAAAAUGGUAGAAGAGUACAGUGGGCUUAAGGUGCAGGCACAUAAGGCCAUUGUUGGAGCUAAUGCAUUUUCUCAUGAAAGUAGCCUCCAUCAGGAGCUUGUCAAUUAAUUAUGCAGCAGCUUGUCAACGAUGAAGCAGCGUGUCAACUAUUAACGCAGCGGUUUACCUUUCUUUUGUCUUCUAGUGGAUUUUGUCCCACAUUAAUUGUUGAAGUAAAUCUACCCAGGAUAUGAGUCUAUAGGAAGGCCUUAGGAGCUUUAAAUAAGAGCCAUCUCUGUAUUGAGUAAACAUUUUAUAUGAAGCAUUGUGCUCUACCUUUUUUUUUUUUUUGGUAAAUAUGUUUUCUAUUAUCUGAGAACAAUGUACAAUUAUAACAAUUUUCCCUAAUGUUAGACAUGCAACCCCAACUUUAGCGUGCAUCAAGAACUUCUUCAACUUUAUCUAAUACACACAAACUCCUACAGUAUUCGAAAAAUAUCAACUAGUUGCACCUGGCUAGAACUUCUCACUUCUGCAUCAUGGAUAGAAAUUCAGACUGGCCAUCUGCUUGGUUAGCCUUGGUAGUUUACUCCCUCUGCAGUGUACAUCUUGUAUGAUCAUCUUUGUAAUCACAUCCUCUGGUCUUCUCUUGUUUUGCAACAAUUUUAGGUUUCUUUCCAGCCAAACGUAAUAAAUGCUCCCAGAGAGAGUCAUCCUAUAGAUUUCAGCUUUCCCACGUUUACCAUUUGCAUUGCUAACUGUCCAUGAUAUCUCCUCAUUCCACCCCAAUACAACUCUUUUAAUACCUUGCCACUUUAGAAUUUGCUGCCAUAUUUUAGCUGCCACAUUGCACUCAAAGAAUAGGUGUUGAGUGCUUUCUUGGUCUUGCUCACACAGGGGGCAUACUGGACUACUUUGGAUCCCCAUUUAAUUAGUCUAUCUCUCGUGUACAACCUGUUUUGCACUGCCAUGUAUAGAAUGAAUGACCAUCUUGGACUGCUUUGGUUAUUGCAUAUUAGCCUCCUCCAAUGAGUUUUAGGGUAGUCACUCCUCAUCUUGUUAUAUAUUGCCCUUAUUGAGAUGUUGUCCCUGCUCAUGAUCUCCUCUACUGUUAGCCCAACAUCCUCAAGAUAUUUCUCUACUUUGAGAAUCUUUUGCACAACCCGGGAGGCUUGCUUUGGAUUCAUUCCUCUUAUUGUAUUCCCCUUUAUAUAAUAUGUAUGAACCCACUUGAUCCACAACCUGUCCUUCAGUCCUUCUAAUAGUGCUUCAGAAUUGCAGCUUUAUUCCGUAAGGCAAUGUUUGUUACAUUUAGGCCUACUCCUACUUUAGGUAGACAUAGUUUAUCCCAGGCAAUCAGAGCCGUUUUUGAACAUUCUGUAGCUCCUGUCCAGAGGUAUCUUCUGCAUAUUGUUUCAAUCAGCUGGAUGAUCUUUUUAGGCAGUAUGAAUAUUUGGGACCAAAAGUUCUGAAUAGUUGUGAGCAGACUUUUAAUUAGCUACAACCUACCUGCAUAAGAUAGGAAUCUUGCAGUCCAUGAGGUGAUCCUUCCUAUCAUCUUGUCCAGUAGUGGUUGACAUUGUCAUAUUGAUAGCCUCUUUGAGCUUAGAGGUAGUCCUAGUAUCUGAAUGGUAAAGUGCCAACUUUGAAGCCCAAUGCUUGAGUUAUUUCCUGUUGAAUAGAUGGUUAGAUCCCUCCAAAGUAGAUAGAGCUUUUCCCUUGAAUUGCAACUAAUCCAGAUGCCUUAGAGAAAUUCUCAAAGCAUUCAAAAAGCAUCUUAGUAGAGAUCACAUCUCCUCUGCAAAAUAGCAGCAGCUCAUUUGCAAAUCCCAGUUGUACUAUAUUCAGCUUGGCACACCUGGAUGGUAAUUGAAGUCUGGUUUAUCCUUCAAAGUCUUCAGUAGUCUAGUAAGGUAUUCCAUUGCUAUCAUAAAGAGAUAUGGUGAUAGGGGAUCACCCUGUCUCACUCCUCUUUUUGCAGCAAAUGGUGCAGUUGCCUUACCAAUAACUAUGAUAGAGUAGGAGAUUGUUUUGACACAUAUCAUAAUCCACUUCACAAAGUUCUCAUAAAAAUUCCACCCAAUAAGGACUUGCUCUAGAAACACCCACUCUAAGGAGUCACAAGCUUUUUGCAUAUCUAUCAUGAGCAUGCAUCUUGGUAAAAUUCAUUUUCUCCUAUACCCCUUUACUAAUUCAUGACUGAGGAUAAUAUUAUCAUUAAUCACCCGACCAGGCACAAAGGCAGCUUGGCCUUUGUCAAUCAGUUCAUCCAUGACCCCCUGAAGCAUAUUUGUGAGCAUUUUAGAUAUGAUUUUGUACAUUGUGGUUCAACAGGAUAUAGGCCUAAACUCUUUCACAGAGGAGGGGUUCUUAACUUUUGGGAGUAGUGUGACAACAGUGCAAUUAAUUGGUCCAUACAUGACAUUAGUCUCAAAGAUGUUAAGCACUGCAUUAGUUACCUCAUCCCCAAUAGUUGCCCAUGCCUUUUUGAAAAAAAAAAAAAGAAUUAAAUCUGUCAACACUUGGGGAUUUUGAGACAUCAAUCCCUUGUAAUGCCUGGUAGACUUCUUCCUUGGUGAAUGCUCUGCUAAGUGCUUGUUGCUAACUUCUUGUAAGUAUAGGACCUUCAGUCAUGAUGUCAGGUUGUAUAGCAUGCAUUGAUGCAUUAUCAGUCCCUAGCAGUUGCUUAUAAAACUGAAGUAUCUCUUCUUCUAUCCCCUUCUCUAAUUGUAGCAUAACUCCUCUACUAGAUACUAAUGCCUUGAUAUGGUUUUGUGCUAUCCUAUUCUUCAUGCUAGCAAAGAAAUAGGCAGAGUAUGAAUCACCAAGUUUCCACCACUGAACCCUGGACUUUUUCUUAUAUAUGCUUUCUUCUGUUAGGUCUCAUUUUUCAAGUAGCAUCCUUAAUUCCUUCUCUGUUUCAAAGAGCUCAUGUGGAUGAUUUGGAGUUCUCAUAUCCUCCUACACAGCUUUCAGUUUGUCUCUGAUGUCCUUGAUUUACUCUGACACCCCAGCAAAUUCUUUGACAUUCAAAUCUUUUAUAGCAGUCUUGACAUGUUUAAGUUUAUCCCAUAUAUCCUCCAUAUAUUAUGCAAUGUUGGUUUGGAUCCAGCUUCCUUCUAUCACAUUAAUGAAGUUUGGAUGUCCUGCUAUACAAUUCAUGAACCUGAAAGUCUUCCUCAACUAGUUCCUGAUCUGCCCAGUUCAAUGCUAAGUGGCGAAUGGUCUGAAAAGAUUGGAUCUGUCACUUGUACUGGUGUAGGUGCCUUUUUAUUCAUCCAUAUUGAAUUUACUAUAGCUCUGUCAAUCCUACUGUACGUGUGGUUAUUGCUCCAAGUGUAGGUUCUUCCUAUUGUUUGCAAUUCUGUCAUUCCAGCUUCAAUCAUGAAUUUUCGGAAGUCUCUUGCCUCAAUAUCCUGCACCUCAGCCCCAUGAAGCAUGUCCUCCACACUCAAGAUGGCAUUGAAGUCCCCCAUUAUUAGCCAGGGUUCUUGAUGCCAUGAUUCCAGUUGCUCCAGUUAGGCCCACAUGUCUAAUCUGUCCUUAAUACUAUGUAGACCAUAUACAUCAGUAAAAUGGCACAAAACAUUUGUAGAUGUACCCCUAAUUGAGACAUGUAUGAACUGAGUUUGAACACUCAAUUCAUUUACCACUAUAUGAUUUGGGUUUCAAAGCAGCCAUAUUCUUCCUUUGUGUGUAGCAGAUGCAUUCGUGAUCCACUCCCAGCUAGGUGCGAUUUUAUUUAAUAUAUGAGCAACUUUGUUCUAUUGAUCAACUCAGUGCUUUAUUAUUCCUAGAAUACUAAUAUUAUUUUCUUUAAUGAACUCCUUCAUCUCCUUUUGUUUAUACAACUUAUUCAUCCCUCUAACAUUCCAAGUGAUUAUCUUCAUCUUGGUAUAAAAGGAAAUUGAUUCAUAUCCUCUACCGCUAUACCACUACCUCCCCGUUCUUCAUAUUGUACAUAUUGGAAUUCUAUUCUCUGAUUAUAAGCUUCUUCACUGAGAGAAUUGAAUCCAUUUGUGCUGAUAAGUUGUUGUGCACCCUCCAUGUUUGUUGUUUUAGUUAGCUUCCCAGUUGAUCUGCCUCUAACUUCUGUCCAGCCAACCUCUCCUUCUUUAGCUUUCCCUUUGUUUUCUGGCAUUUCCUUGUCAUUUUUGUCCUCACCUUGUAUCACUGUUUUAAUUUGGCCUGCUUUCAUCUAGACCUUCUUAGUGAUUUUCUUCUGAUUCCUUUGUUGUUGGUCCUAAUUUUUUGGAACCUGAUGUUGCUUCAAUUUUUCAUUCUACUGGUAGCAAUGUCCCACUUGCAAGCAGGUAGGCAGUACAUGGGUUUCCAGUUGUAAAUAAUCUCAUGUUCAAAGACUUCCCCAUUGGGAUAUUCUACUUUCACACUUUUUGGCAAUGGUCGAGUGACAUUCAUCUUAAUUAGCAUCCUUGCAUGGGAAACCCUCUCUAUCUUUGUUUUGCAAUCAUCUGCAUGCAAAGGGUUCCCUAAUCCACUUCCUAUUCUACUUAGAGAGUUCAUAUUCCAGCAAUGCAAUGGCAACUUAGGGAGUUUAAUCCACUGGGAUAUGAUUUUUAACACCUCUUCAUCAAAGUUGAAGUUGGGGUCCAUGCCUUGGUAAUGAUAGGUUUAUUGUUGAUUUUAUAAGGCCCUGAGAACAAUACAUUAUUUCGAUCCUCCAUGUAAGUGAAUAUGAUAAUGAAGUAUCCUUCAUUGUGCAAGUAAACUUUAGGUUUGGCUGUGAAAUUCCACUGCAAAGCAAUGAAUCGCUCAACUGCACCACUUGUAGGUGUUUCACUAAUGAUAUAUAUACGUUAUCACAGCAGUACUCCAUUUCUCUGUUCCCUUGUCUACCUCUUCAUUUUCUAAUUGAACAAUUCUCUCACCAUUGUGAAUUUGAGGAGCAAUGAAGCUUAGAUUCAUACCUUUAGCGGACAUUUUAUUCCACUCGAAGAGGUUUGCCCAUUUCUUCUUUUCCCCGCAUUAUUUGCCUUCUCUAUCUUUUGGUGCUCAAUAUCAGUCUCCCUAUCUUGUUUUUUGCCUCAAUUACUUCAAUUGCCUUAGUCAUAGGGCUUGUGUGACAUUGUUGCUGCCCAAUAACUGUUCGUGGUGAGUUCUCCAAUCGAACAGUCGAUUGUGUGCCCUUUCCCUCAGAUUUAGCAAUCAGAGUAGGCUCCUUCACCAUAGCCUCUGGAGUUAGAGUUAGAUUCUUCUACCGAGACUGAUCUAGCAAUUGGCGUGAGAAUUUCUCCGGUGGUCCUGAUCGGACCCGAUACCUUCUUUAUAAUUUCCGUUAAUGAUCAUACUUUUCUGGAUCCUAACCCUAAAUUCCUUUCCUCAGUGAGUCGGUCUUUCAAUUCCGUUAUUGCUUCCUUUGUCACAGUACUCUGAUUCCCCCUUCUAGGCAUUUCCCGCAAUGGCGUAUGUUAUAGCUCACCACUAACGUGCGCAUGCAGGAGAGAGAAGAGGAGAACUUUGUGCUCUACUUUAUU